GCAGUGUGCCGGCGCCCCGGGAGCCGCACGGCGUGAAAUGGCAGCCUGCUCUGUGGUGCAAGGGGUGUGCUCAGCGUAACGCAACCUGGGCGGGAGCGAAGGCUGACUGGGCCCCCCCAGCCUCGCUGAGGGCGAGGGGCUGGCGACCGCGCCUGUUGGGUCAGGCCCGUGGUGGCCCAGGCUAGGACAGAGAAGUUUAUUAUUUGAAUCGUGUUUGGGCAGAAGCCGAGCUGGAAAGCUUGAAGAAUUAACACUUGUGCUGAAGAGCGCUUUCACCAGAAAAAAAAGCAGAGUGGAAGAAAUAGUAGCCACCUCGGCAGCACUUUGUUGUUUUUCGCGUGUAAGCGAUGCCUGUUCUGGAAAUCUGUGUUUCAAAUACGGUGACUGCUUUGAGCUACAGAGCGCCAGGAGGUGACUCACGUUCAGCUGGGAGCACGUGCGGAGGCUCUGGAGCUGCGGGCAGCGCGAGCGGACAGGUGUGCAGCGGCACAGGUGUGCACACGGAGCCGCACAGGCGUGUGUCCUGGCCGUGCCUCCGUUGCGCUGACUUAGCACCUGGGCUGCUGUUUAAUCCGCACGCUCGUCUUUCAUUCCUGUGGAAAGAUAAAGUGAAAGAAGCUGGCCGAGAUCUCACCUACCUGGUUGUGGUGCUUAUUGGAAUCAGCAUUACAGGUGGCCUGUUUUACGCUAUUUUCAAAGAGCUUUUUUCAUCAUCCAGCCCUAACAAGAUAUACGGGAAAGCCUUGGACAUAUGCCGGUCCCACCCCGAGGUCAUCAGCGUCUUCGGGGAGCCGGUCAAAGGCUUCGGCGAGGCCACCCGGCGCGGGCGCAGGCAGCACGUCAGUUUCCUGGAAUACUCCAAGGACGGGCUGAAGCACAUGCGCGUCAAGUUCUACAUCCGCGGCUCGGAGCCGGGCCGGCAGGGCACGGUGCACCUGGAAGUGAAGGAGAACCCCGACAGUGGCGAGUACGAGUUCCGGUACAUAUUUGUGGAAGUCGACUCCUACCCAGGAAGAACCAUCAUCGUUGAAGAUAACCGGCCCUGAGGCGAUGACGCUGCUGCCGCACCCGGCUCUGACGUCACCCCGCGGGCCCCGGGCCGGCUCCGGCCGCGCGUCCAGACCGGCGAGGGGAGGUUUGUGUGAGGCUGAGGAGUGCCGAGCGCGAGCGCGGGCCCGGGACCAGCCCAGGCCAGAGGUCGUCGCCCACAGGCUUCUGCUCUGACUCGUUUCUUGGUGAGAAGCCUUUUUUACUACAAAUUGACUCCGGGAAAAGUAAGGGUCUUUUCCUCUUACUUUUUAUUUUUCUUCAGUAUUUUUUGCUUUUAAAAUAAUGUAACUGAAUAAAGUGUGAAAUAAGCA